CCUCAUUCACGAAAUCAUGCUGCUGAAUAAUAAUGUGACUGAGUUCAUUCUGCUUGGGUUGACACAAAAUCCUGUUAAAAAGAAAAUAGUGUUUGUCAUUUUCUUGCUUUCCUACUUAGGGACGUUGUUGGGUAACUCAUUGAUUAUCAUCACCAUCAAGACUAGUCAGGCACUUGGGAGUCCAAUGUAUUUUUUCCUCUUCUACUUAUCCUUAUCUGAUACCUGCUUCUGUACUGCCAUAGCCCCUAGAAUGAUUGUGAAUAUCCUUCAGAAGACCAUCACUAUCUCUUUUAGUGAGUGCAUUAUCCAGAUCUUUUCAUUUCAUUUCUUUGGCUGCAUGGAGAUCUUGAUCCUUAUGCUGAUGGCCGUUGACCGCUAUGUGGCCAUCUGUAAACCCCUGCACUACAUGAGCAUCAUGAACCGGCGGGUCUGCAGUGUGUUGGUAGCUCUAGCCUGGGUAGCGUCCUGUGUGCAUUCUUCAGUUCAGAUUUUCCUGACCUUGCGUUUACCUUUCUGUGGUCCCAAUGUGAUUGAUCACUAUUUAUGUGACUUGCACCCCUUGUUGAAACUUGCCUGUACAGACACCUAUGUGACCAACCUGCUACUGGUGUCCAAUAGUGGGGCCCUUUGCAUAAUGAGUUUUGUCAUGCUGAUAUUCUCCUAUGUUAUCAUCUUGCAUUCUCUGAGAAACCACAGCGCUGAAGGGAGGAAAAAAGCCCUUUCCACCUGCAUCUCCCAUAUCAUUGUAGUCAUCUUGUUCUUUGUUCCUUGUAUAUUUAUAUACACAAGCCCUGCAACCACCUUCCCCAUGGAUAAAAUGAUAACUGUGUUUUAUACAAUUGGAACACCUUUACUUAACCCUCUGAUUUAUACACUGAGAAAUGCUGAGGUGAAAAAUGCCAUGAGGAAGCUAUGGAAGAAAAACUGAUCUCAGAAGACCGAAGAUAAAUGGAAAUUUCAAAUCCUUCGUCAUAGUUUGCAAUGACCGAGCAUAAUUCUGGAAAGCAUAUAAUGGUCUUACUGUGAAUUUCAUAGAAACUUUACUUGGGGAUAAGUGCUACUUUCUUUAGGAAACUGGGUAAAAUGAACACAUACGCUGGUUAAUGCUGAGUCAGUUAGUGUUGAGACAAAAGCAGGUACAAACAGAUAUGCCAGGCCAAUUUAGAUUUUUCACUACUGUCUCUCUACCUCUCUUGGAUAACUAGAACCACUUGUGGUUUUGAUCUGGUAUUUUUUCUAUCCUCCUUCAUGUUGAUUUCUGGUGUUGCUCCCCUGUUACCCUAAGAUUUACAUUCGAAUCUACUCAGUAGCACAACAGAAGAAAGGCCUAGCGAAUCACUUCCAUAAAGAUUACAGCCAAAAAACCCUGUGGAAAAAUUCUCCUUAGUAACACGUGAGGUUGCCAUGAGUGGGUAUCAACUUGAAGACAAUAGAUUUUUUGUCAGUUUGUUUUAUUAGGAUUACAGUUAGUCCUCUAUAUGCUUAAAUUCCUGUCCUGGUAGAAUUUCUCUUCUCAAAACUGAAUGUUUUAGUCCAGUGGAGGAAUUUUGGGCUUUGAAACAAAUUUGUUGUGUUACAGAUAGAAAAUUUUAGUGAGUUUUCAAUACAAGCCAGAGAAGAGAAUAACUUGAAUAGAGAGUAUUGAAAC